AUGCAGUUCACCAAGGCUCUUCUCUUCCUCUCGGCUCUCGCGCCUGUCGCAUUCGCCACUGAAGCUGCCUCAGCUGAGUGUAUCACCAAGACCAUCACUCUGGUGCCUUCCGGCUACACUCCCCCAUCGUCCACCUCAACCCCAAUCUCAACGACUGAAAUUCCCUCGUCGACUUGGACUCCUGUCAUCACUAGCACUCCCUCCCCUAGUGCUACCCCUUCUGUGAGCCGCAUCACUAGCUCCACUCGCCUGAUCAAGUCUACCAGCACCCCCGCCGGUGAGACUGCCUCGGCUACUCCUUCCGUCCCUGCUACUGCCGGUGCUGCCUCAGUCCACAUUCCUGGUUUCAUGGCUGGCGCAGUCGCCAUUGCCGGUCUUCUCAUGAUCUAA